AUGGCUCGAAAAACAAUCGAUUCGUGAGUUUUCGAUUCUUGAGGAAUUUCGCAGAUAUCCUAUACUUUCCAGUCUUCCUAAACCCAUUGUUUUGCCUUCCGAAAAGGAGGUCCAAAAACGGAUCAAACUGAAAAUGGUGGACUUUGACGCAGAGAUUGCGAAACUGAAUGUCCAGGUAGGAUACACACAAACAUGCUGAUAUUUACGCUAUUUUUCUGCAUAAUUGAGACAAGGGAAAUGGCGUUGUCUACUUCUUUUUUUUCGGUUCAUUUAAAAUUUGCAGUGACUUUUGUCUCUCUGGCUAGUACGGGCGACCAGACAAAUCUUCUCGUUCUACUGAGAAUUCGAAUUGAGUACACUUGUCUGAAAGAAAAGCCAGAACGGACAUUGAAAAAGCAAAACAGAAUGUCUGAUCUUGAAAAUGAGCGGACAGGGAAGGCGCAUGGAGACAAAAUUGAAACUUUUCAGUCACUGGAGAGCACAAUACAAAUGAUUCGCGAUCUGGAUCAAAUGAACAUGGACGGAGUUCAAACAGUGGCCGCUCUCGAAGAUCAAGACGGUGAGUUCAAACUGUACAUGCAAAACCAACAUCAUUUUGAUGAUUCUUAUCACUGUAACAACUUUCCGCUUUCCGCUUUCCAAGUUCGAUUUCUCAAUGAUUAAAAUUCAGAACAACUCGACAAGAUCGAAGAGAAUCUGAGUAAAGUGAACGCAGAUUUGAAUGUUGUCUCGCACAAUGUGACCGAUAUGGAGCAUUACUGCGGAUGCAACAUAUUUCGAAUUCUUUGGUAGGUCACUAACACCAGCACGGACAACAAGCGAGAUAAUAAAAUUUGUUUUCAGCACUCCAUUCAAGUAUUUUCGGAAACGAGAACGUGACAUUAUUAAGGAAGAGGUUUUAGAGUAAGAAAAAUUGCGAAAUCGAGUGGGAUCGAAAGUUUUACUUGUAUUUUUUUAGAAAAAUGACAAGUCCGAAAUUAGCACGAAAAGAAGAGAGUACUGUCAUCUUCAGAAGUUCUCACAAGCGACGGGAGUCAACGGGAGAUUUCAUGAAACGGUAAUUUCCAUUUUUGUUUGAAUCCCAAUAAUCUUCUUCUUUUCAGAAUAACAUGCGACACAAUCGAAGAUGAACUGGAAAGAAACCUCAUUCAGAUCGAUCAAGGAAUCGAGUCAGUGAAGAAUCUCGCCGUGGAUAUGCAUGUUCAGCUAAAAAUCCAAGAGCCCAAACUAAACAGAAUAGAAGAAAUGGUACGGUUUAGUCUACAAUCAGCGUGUAGUCGAUUGAACUUUCGAAAAUCGAAUCACUGAUCGUCUAUUCUAUUUUCGUUUCAGACCGAGGCCAAUGACUUUGUGGUGGAGGGUGUCAAUGAUAAAGUCAAAAAGAUGCUCCAUUGA